UGUCGAUUUUUUACUCUGAUCUUCCCUGCAAUUUGUAUGCGAAAACGAAGAUAGCAAUUGAGAGGACUGCAUCUACUUUCUCUCCCUAACUUGAAAUGGCCAUGGCUCAAGUUUCCAAUACCCUCUGUUAUUACACUUCCAUUCGAGAUGUUUUCGUGUCAACUCCGGCAAGAUUAAGUUCAAAUGUUGGUUUCUCCCGUAAAUUUGGACCCGCCUUCGCCACCGGUUCUUCCAGCUUGAUUCAGAGGCCUCUACAAAGAAACCCUGCAACUAAAGCAACAUCAGUUUCCAUAAGAUGCGAGCAGCGCACUAAGGACAGCAACGGUUUGGAUGUAUGGCUUGGACGACUGGCAAUGGUUGGCUUUGCAACUGCAAUUAGUAUUGAAAUAGCAACAGGCAAAGGACUUCUAGAGAAUUUCGGGCUCACGUCCCCCAUGCCUGCUGUGGCCUUGGCUGUUACAGCUCUGGUGGGAGUUUUGACAGCAGUCUUCAUCUUCCAAUCUGCAUCCAAAAAUUGAUUAGAUUUAUUUCUCUCUGUUUGGUGCCUGUAAAACUUGUACUUUUAAAAAAUGUUGUCUAUUAUAUUGUUAUCUUUUCUUGUAGUUGAUCUACUUCCAACAAAAGUGAUUAUUUUGGAAAAAAAUUAUAUGUAUUGCUGAUUCA